AUUCAAGGAACGGUCACCUGUGAGGUCAGACGACACUUCAGUGACAAAAUAAGACGUGCUGGAAUGUUCGGGAAUCGGGCGUUAUGAUUGGCUGACGUAAUGAUGCACAACGGCCAAUCAAAGAAAGAUCCAAUUAAUUGAAUGUACUAGACAGGAAAUGUAAAAGGGGAUGCCACUAUGGUAUCAUUCUGUCUUUGCACUGCCACUGGAGAUCAUUUGGAUAAAAAAGGCCAGGCAAAUGUUUUGCAGAGGAUAAUGAGUUUGCUGCCAGUAAUAGGGAGAUAUCUCUGCAGACAGAGCUUGCCUGUGUGCACUUCACUCAGCUCAGCACAUUACAUCCAUCAGGAGCAGGCAGGAUGCAGGGAGAGGUCUGGAUCUUUGAAGAGGCACAGUGCACAGCCUUGAACAGGGGGAACCCUCGAGCUCGCCUCGACAAUGAGCAAUGAGUUACCUGGAUGGAAAUACCGAACAGAAAACACGACCGACGUUCCUAAGGACCCCGGGAAGCAGGACGGCUAUGUCUUGUUGCUCGUCCUGCUGUCCGUCUUCAUCGGGGGGAUGGUGGUCCUGCUGUCAGGCCUGCUGAUUAUCUGCCGUCACUGGUGUGUGGGGGGCCGCAGGUACUCCAGGGCCAGUGAUGAUCCUGAGAAAACCAACACCACCUACCUGGAGGACUCCCAGCCAGCACAGGAUAUCACCAUCAAAGUGGACGAGUCCGACUGCCUGUCCACCUCCAGUUACCAUGACAUCGAGACUGACCGCUUCCUGUCCACGUGUUCCACGGGCCGCCGCGUGUCCUUCAAUGAGGCGGCGCUCUUCUACCACAGCAAGAAGACGCAGGAGAAGGGGCGCAGGUACACCCUGACCGAGGGCGAUUUCCACCACCUGAAGAACGCGCGGCUGAUCCACCUCAACAUCCCUCCUCCCUCGCUCAAGAUCGUCACCAUCCACGAGUCCAGCGAGAACAACAUCGCCAUGGCGACGCGGCCAGCUUCCAAAUCCAGCCUUUCCAUAUUCCAGCCCCCGAUGUGUGCUCUGCCCCAGACGGCUCUGACCAGCCUCUCUCUCAGCUCCAGCUCGGCGCUGCCUGGCGACACCUUCAACUCCACUGUGGACACCAGCUUCAUGGAAAGCGUCCCAGCGCCCCUGAGCGAGCAGACAGCAGGCAGCACGAUGGAGGUUUUCCGAGGCAGCGCUCGGAAUGGAGACAGUCCGGUGAGCUCUGUGGACGGGUCAGCAGCAGUGGAGGGGGCUGGCACUGCGGGCUCCGCGCUCCCCUCCUCUUCCUCGGCAGGCAUCGCUGGUGGGCAGGGCACCGUGCUGCAGUUCUUUACCAAGCUGCGCCGCCACGCCAGUCUGGAGAGCACCAGCCCCUACUUCAAGAUCAAGAAGUGGAAGUUCGACGGCAACCAGAGAGCUUCCAGCCUCGACACCAGAGGAUCUCCAAGGAGACGUCAGUUCCAGCGGCAGAGGGCCGCGAGCGAGAGCAUGGACCAGCAGGACCGGGACGCGCACCACAUCGAGGUCAUCCAGUACAUCGCCCGCACCGACGACGUGGCAUUCUGCCCCACCCCAGCCUCCACCUUCCUGCCACCCCCCUCCACUCCACCACCCUCCCUCGGCAGGUUAGAGGCAGUGGAGGUGGAGGUGGAGGUGGAGGUGGAGGUGGCGGCAGGCAGCAGUGUUGGAGUCACGCUGCCCCCGGAGGAAGGCGAGAGUAGCUGUGGGCAGGAGAGCUCGGAGCAUCACACCCUCUACAGGGAUAUCUGGAACCUGCGGGCCUCGCUGGAACAGUACGCCUCGUCGGACCAGAGCAGCAACGACAAGGACUCUGUGCGCAGUGAAACGGAGAGCGUGUGCUCGCUGGGAGGGGGGGAGAGGGGCCCGGGGUUGCUGCCCAGCUACCCGUCUCAAGACAUCGGAGACGAUCUGGAGGGGGAAGCCGAGCGGCCAGGCAGGGGGUCGUUCGGAAAAGAGGGGGCCGCCACAGGCGGGGCCAAGCAGGGCAGCGUGGACUCGGAGCGGAGCAGCGACGGGGAAUCGGGGAACCGCAAGCUCCUGCAGAUGGACAGCGGCUACGCCUCCAUCGAGGCCCCCUCCCGCGCCCCGGAGGAACUGCGGCUCUUUGGGGCGGCCGGGGGCACGAGAGAGAAAACGGCGUCCGAAAAGAGGCGCUUCUUCACCAGCUCUGGCCGCAAGGGCACCGUGUGCGAGAGCUUCGACGAGGAGCUGGAAGGGGCUAGCCUAGAAGUGGAAAGCCCGGUAGGGUGGUCUCCGUACGGGCAGGUGUUCCAGGAGCACCCCCCUCACCACCUGGUCCUUCGCCGGCGGGACUACAGCAUCGACGAGAAGACCGACGCCCUCUUCCACGAGUUCCUGCGCCACGACCCCCAGUUCGACCACCCCGAGUCCCCCCUGCGUUUGAAGCACCGCUCUCGGGUACACCUGCGCAAGCAGUGGCAGCGGACCAAGCAGUACAGCGACCCUGGGGUGCGCUUCCCCCCCUCCUUCGAGAGGCACCGCACCCCCCUACGGAGGGGAGACAGCGUCAACUACCCACUGGACACCCGCUACCACAGCACCCUGCCGCGGAUAGUCAGCGCGGCCGACGAGGAGUCCAGCGACGGGGCAGCCAGCGGGGUGGCGCCGGAGGAGAAAACCAGCCCCAGCGGCAGCAGCAGUCGGACAAUCAAGGAAGAGGAAGAGACCCUUCUUCUCAGUCCUCCUCUAUCUCCUGGUGUGAUAUCGGAGCACCCUGAGCUUCCCAAAGCCUCGAACCAGGCUCCCGUCAGCGCUGGUGGAAACGGAGGCAGUGGGGGCAGUCACUUCCACAGCCCCUUUUCAGAGCCCCCCCAGGAGGAUCGUCCUCCUCCGCCACUGCAGCCCCCCAGCAUGGGCUACGGGCCCCAGACCAUCUCGGCCGAGCUGACGGACAAACUGACCGCGAGCCUGGAUGACCGGCUCUACACCAGCCUCCGACGGGCCAAAGAGAGUCCCGAGUGUGUGGUGACCAUCACCCACGCCUCUCCUGACCACAGCCCAGUGUAGCGUGCUUCCCUCCUGCUUCCUGUUUGUUUUAUUUAUUUGUUUGUUUGUUUGUUUGGGAGGGUUUAGUUUAUGGAGACAAAACAAAUUCAGACAACCAUUGUGGCUAAAAAGCCCUUCCUCCUUAAAGAAUACCAAACAGGGUUUGAGUAAUACUGAAAAGAAACUAGACUACAUUAGACAGAAAGUUCUUUUUAGCAUUCCUGGGAACACUGGUAAUAAUUAACUAUUUGGCAGAAUGUUAAAAAGAGAUUUUUCUUAAUUUCUCUUAAAGGGAAAGCCAAAUACGAUGUAUUGAUGGCCCAUCUCUGGGGUCUAGGUUAAAGGGGUUUUGAAAACUAUAAAAGACAGGUGCACCGGUCUUAAAGGGGUCAUUACAGGGCGGAAUAUGCGUGUUUUAAAUAGGGAAGGGGCAUGCUGGUUAUUAUGAGAUUAUGCUUUAAAUUAAACGUCUUCAUUUUUCUCUUGAUGCGUAUUCCUUUUUGUAUCGUGUACAUAAAUCACUAGGGAAAUGAAGCUUAAAAAAGAAAAAGCUUAUGGAAAAAAAAAAAACAACCUGUUAAUCUUGUUUUGCUAAGAACAGCAGUUUUAAGUAACGGACGGUUUGUCUGGUAUGAAACCAUGUCUUAUUUCCAUGACAACAGCAGCUCUGUUGAACAUUCUGGUGCCAAAACAUGUCCCUGCUCCAUCCUCCGUCUCCCCUUCAAUGAAUUAUAUAUUUUUUACCUACCUGUACUGGUUAAAAUCGCGUUUACAAAAUGAACUUUGUCAGGAAUCCUCAAACUGCUCCGACACUGUCGCUACGUAACCCGCGCAGGCGAGCGUUCCUUUGUGAUCCUCUGACAUCGAUACAAAUGAACUGCUGCAGUUUUUGGUUCCGUCUUGUUGAUCUGGGACCAACGCUAAUCCACACACCGACCAAACUGCCCUCACCUCCACCCAGCCUGGCUCAUGAUUGUACACACCUUGAAUUGACAUUUGUUAUUUAUUUAGUUCUACUUCUCUGAAAUGUGUACAGUUUGUACAUUUGAUGCUACUAGCUCUUAUUUUAGUGUAAUAAUAAUCAUCAGCCACAGCUGUUGUAAACCGGGUAUCUUUUGGAGAUGUGAUUCCAGUUGCAGUUGUUUGAUUGCAGUGUUUGUGGUUCUAUUGUAACAGUGAUGUUACAACCACAUUGCUGGCUCAGCCAAAAACUUUUCAACUACUGUAGCAAUGAGAGCAUGAGCAUUAAAACGGUUUAAUAUCAAUCAGGAGACAUGCUCAUCACUAGCAGGAUCUUCUGUUGAAUUUUGAUAGUUGGAUAGUCUUCCUCUGGGCCAGUGAUUUGCAUAGUAGACCAUCUUAAAGCACAUGCUGCACACACACACACACACACACAACUUUCAAAGCCAUGCAGCAUUGGGCAACUGCUUUCUCAAAUUAAGAGCGAUGUGAUGUUGUUGUUGCAUGAGGGUUAAAAGGUCUUUCAAGGCUGUAUGGAGCCCAUGUACCAUCAGGCAGCUUUCAGGCAAGCUGUCCAGCUGUCUUUCAGUUGCAGGAGUGAUACUGCAGCUUGGUGAAAAUCGUAUUUGAAAUGGCCCCUCCAGUUCACGCAAACGUUGCAAAGAAGCAAUCCUCUUUCCAGCACACUCCGACAACUUCCGAUCCUUCUCUAGCACUACAACGGCUGUGUAAAAAAAAAAAAAAAAACAAAGGACCGCCCAGAGCAGUUAGGACAGCGCUUUCUUCCUCGCGUGGGUGGGAGCGGUCGUAGGGCUGUGAUAAAUGAGAGAAGGGGUCCCUCUUAACAUGAGCACAAGUUAGCAUGGUGAGUCAGUCAGUUGGUUAGCAUAGGAUCUAUGUAUGUGCAAUUACCAGUUAUUUUAACCCCUUCAGGUACACAGCGAAUUGAGCGGUUGUUCAAAUGGUUUCUUCUUAAAAUACAUCUGAGAGCGACACGAGGAGGAAGCUGACACAUUGUAAACCCUGUUUAGUGCACCUCAUUGCAACAAUAGGAAGCUUAGCUUCCUUUUUAUUUGUGGGACACACAUGCCCCUUGUACCUUAAAGGGUUAAUGUUAGGUUGUUUUUUUACUUAUAUAAAAGUGUAAUAUUGCUAAGAUUGUAUUCUGAAUUGAAAGUAUCUCCUCUUAUUUUAAUGCUAUAUUCAAGAGGCUCAUAGUUUGUAUCUUUUAAAAAAUUCAAAUAAAAUAGCAUUGUACACUAAAGAGUAGCCAGUCAAGGCCAUUGUUAUGCAUAGUGCCUGCAUGUCUGAAAACGUUUUUAAAAUCAGAGAAUUCCUUCAAGACUGCAACUGCUGUUGAUGCAAAUUUCUUUUUUUAGACAAAGCGUAAACAGAAGAUAUUUUAGUAUUUUCUAAUUUAUUUAUUGGUCGGCUGAUGCAUUUCAUGUCAAAGUAUAUUUCCAUUUUUGAGAUCAUUUGUGUACCACUGCUUGUGAAGCUGAAUGCUUGUUUCCGGUGAAGUUUCAUUAAAUGAGCUGCACAUUC